AUUUUUAAAUUUUAUGCUAGUGGUCGAAGGUACUGUCAAGGAUUACUGGCGACAAUGGAGUUGAAGAGCAGGCACGAUUUGAUUUCCAGGAUUUAUAAUAUGAUCGUGCCUUGCAAGGAUGAGAUUACUUUUGAAGUGUAUAUGAAUGAUGAUGCAAUGGAUCACGUGGUUUUCGCGCUGGCAAAGAAGAAGGCAGCCAAAGGGAUGCAAAAGGAAGUGAGGGAUUUGCAGAGAUUCGCGGGGCUUCUUGCACAACCACCUAGUGGGAGGAAACGGGUGUCUGAGGAGUUGGGAGUUAUUGCAGAGUCUAAGGAGGUUGCUGGGGAUUGGAUCACCGAAGUUGUGCUUGAGCAGGUUUUUGGAGAAAAAGCUUUUGAGAAAUAUGGCAAGGGUUUCAUCUCCAUGCAUUUUUCUGAUCAACACCUUGGAGUGCACAAGAAGAUGCUCUUGUUUAAGUUUGCACUUCCUGAUGCCAAUAACAUGGCUGAUAUGACUAGAUUGGUUGUGCUUAUUCCUUAUUACAUUGAUCUAAUUGGGCGCUACAAGUUGAGUUCACAGGCUCGAUCGAAAACAAAGGCAGCUAGAGUGAAAGCUGCCCAGGAGGCAUACAAAGAACUUCAGGGUGCAAGACAAGAAGCCUUGCAGAGAAAGAAGGCAGAGAGGAAGAAGACGCAAGAGGAGGCUGAAGCAAAGCUCAGUGCAGAAGCUAUUCGCAAGAGAGAGGCAAAAGAGCGUGCCCGUCAGAUGAAGAAAGCUAUGCCAAAAGUAAAGAUGACCCGAGCUCACUAGAUAUUAAAUCCUCUAAA